UAUUUAUAUCGUGGUAGUGAAAAGGAAGCUGCAGCGGUGAAUACACAGCAUGUCGAUGAAAAUGGCUCCUGCGUCCAUGAAGAGGCAGAGUAAAUCAGAAUUUAAAGACAAGGAGAAACCCGCUCAGAUCAGGAAUAGUAAUAUAGAAGCUGUUUUUGCAAAAGCUGUGGCUGAUGCCAUCAAAACUUCCCUUGGCCCAAGAGGCAUGGAUAAGAUGAUCCAAGAUGGGAAGGGUGAAGUCACAAUUACAAAUGAUGGUGCAACCAUUUUAAAGCAGAUGAAAGUGCUUCACCCAGCUGCUAAGAUGCUUGUUGAACUCUCACAAGCACAGGAUGCUGAGGCUGGAGAUGGUACUACAACUGUAGUCAUCUUGGCAGGUUCCAUGUUAGAAACCUCCCAGAAGCUUCUAACUAAGGGAUUCCAUCCAGCCACAAUUUCGGACUCUCUCUUACACUUUUCCAGCAAGGCUGUUGAAGUGUUGGAAUCUAUGGCUAUUCCUGUGGAUCUAACUGAUAAUGCUUCACUUCUAAAGAGUGCAAACACAUCCCUUAAUUCAAAGGUUGUGCAUGAACACUCGGGGAUGCUAGCUCCGAUGGCAGUAGAUGCUGUCCUCAAAAUAGUUAACCCAAGCCAAGACACUAAUGUAGACCUUAAAGACAUUCGUAUCAUCAAAAAGCUGGGCGAGACUGUUGAGGACUCUCAGUUGGUUGAUGGAAUUGUAUUCACACAGAAGACUCAAGGCUAUGGUGGACCAAAUAAGGUGGAAAAAGUCAAGAUUGGCUUAAUACAAUUUUGCAUAUCUCCACCUAAAACAGAUAUGGAUAACACUGUAGUCAUUCGUGACUAUGCCGCCAUGGACCGUGUCCUUCGUGAAGAGCGUCAGUAUAUCCUCAAUAUCACAAAGAAAAUUAAGGCUGCGGGUUGUAAUGUUCUCCUUAUUCAGAAGUCUAUCCUUAGGUAUGAUGUUUGUUAUAAAGUAUGCAUUUCUUCAGUUUUUCAUAGUUUGCUAACUUUUUUGGGUUUCAGGUUGAAUUGGAAUUUCAAAUUUUAA